GGACAGGAUAGCUUAAUAGAGGUCUCCUAUCUUGCUCUGUGACGGCGCUUCUGGGCUCUGGUGAUGAAUGUGUUCAUUUUCUGUGACUUGCUUUGGGUAAAUAACCCAGUCCGGUAUCAGCUCUCCAGCCUUGGGCCAGCAGCGCUUGUGUGUGCGCACUAAUGACGGUGGAAGGUGCCUGGGGGAGGGCCUGGGGAGGGGCUGCCCAGUGCGAUCGCUCCCCUGGCACUUCCUAAGACUCCCAGUUCUUUCUCUGCAGCCGGUCCUUGAAGACUCCAAGCUUUCUCCUCGGAGGAAAAAAACCCGUCUAUCUAAAUCAGCUGUACUCUUCUGUCUUCCCUCGUUUCUCCCUCCGCCAGGCACCACCCCCACCCCUUCCAUUGUGUAGUGCGUCUAGCUCGGCUUGCUGCGUGAGACCUUAGCCUCACUUGGAGCAGGAGGGAUUACUGAGAAUUUCGGAACCUUGAGUUGCCCAUGGAGCUGUACGGAAAGAUGGCCUCUGCCCAGGAUGCCAGGCAUGGCCAGAAAGACUCCUCUGACCAGAACUUUGACUACAUGUUCAAACUGCUCAUCAUUGGCAACAGCAGCGUGGGGAAGACAUCCUUCCUCUUCCGUUAUGCGGAUGACUCCUUCACGUCUGCGUUCGUCAGCACAGUCGGGAUCGACUUCAAAGUCAAAACUGUGUUCAAAAAUGAAAAGAGAAUUAAGCUCCAGAUUUGGGGUCCUGGCACUGGUGCUUACAGGCUGCUGGGUGGUACCAGGUCUUCGUGUCAGGAUGGCAGCCUCCAGCCUGCCGUUCAGCAAGCAGUUAGUCGUGAUCUUGGUGUUCUUGUGAGAGGAGGUGAGUUCAAGUCCUUCUACUUCACCGUCUUCUCUCCAACUGCCUCGAAUCCUGCAUAUAUUAAUCUCUACCAG